GACUGGGUGCAAGCCUGAGAGAUGGGCCACACCCUGGGUGCACGUGAUCCUCGGGCCGGACUUUUGGAAUUCUGCAGUAGUUCUUGUGCGUUCGACCUCGUUCGACAGUUCGAAAGCGAACACCGUUCAACGUUCGCAAAACUUCCCUGUUUCUUUUUCGUGAGCAAAUUGAAAGUACUUACUAGCCAUGUUCGCAGAUAUAGUCGAACUGAAGUGACCUAUCUCGUUCUGUCGCACUGAACUCACUCAAGUCAGUCAAGCUCUUCUGGAGCAACAUCGCCGUGGCCCACAUCCUCCAAUUCAAACGCGAGUCCCGUGAGCGUCUUCCGCUCACAACAUUUUCAUCGCUCGGUCAAUUUCGCCACGUCCUCGCGAGAUUCUUAACCGCAGCCAUGUCUGAUGGAGCCGUACCUGAUGAGCCACGAUCACCUCCAUCGUCACAAAAGGAUGCAGGGUUGAAGAAGCUCACACCAUAUUGGUACCCGUAUACGACUAUGGCAAAGGAGCGGUGGAUCGGGCGGGAGAUCCUAGAAAUCGUGUCAACAGAAUUUAGAGAUCGAUCCAUGGAGUACUAUCGAUACGCCCUCGAAUCCGGAGUGACAACAAUUAAUGGCAAGGUCGCAAAACCAAACACAGUAGUGAGGAAUGGCGAUCGUAUAGAGAAUGUUGUACACCGACAUGAGCCUCCAGUCACAUCUACACCCGUCAAAAUUGUAUUGCAUGAUAAGGAGCGCGACUUUUUGGUUAUCGAUAAACCUGGUAGCAUACCAGUACAUGCAUCUGGUCGGUACUACCGUCACAGCUUGGUAGAGAUCCUUCGUAACGAAUUUGGUUUCCCGAAAAUUUAUAGCGAAUUCGUCAAUGGUCUAAUCCACAAAGAGUAUAUUGCUCGUUGCAAAGGAGAGUUUCCCGCUGAGGAAACGAUAUGCGAAGAACCCCUCUUGACUGUUGAUCGACAGAUGGGGCUUAACAUAGUACACCCGGAAGGCAAGCCAGCGAAGACUAUUUUUAACCGGCUUCAUUACGAUUCCGCGACCAACACGAGUGUGCUUCACUGCCGUCCUAUGACAGCACAUCAGAUACGAGUUCAUCUACAAUACCUCGGUCAUCCAAUAGCCAAUGACCCUGUUUACUCUGAGGAACGAAUAUGGGGAGUUAAUCUUGGCAAAGGGGGCGUGGAUGUUAUUCCUUGCGAGCACCGUGCUGCACCAGCGCCACCGGCGCAUCUGCUGAGUGACAAUAGUCCGGAAGCUCUUAAUCUGAAACCCUCCAAUGACACAGACUCACCCUUAUUACUUACUUCGGAAGAGGAGAGCAAUGCGAGAGCGAAAUUGCUUCCACGCGAAACCGGGCACGAUAUUGGAAUGGGAUCACCUGUCCCGUUGUCAUCUGAGGCAGUGGAAAUUAUAACGAAACUCCGGCAUAUGAAGGACGAAGAUGAGGAUUGGAGUCGCUGGCGAGAUGUCGUAUUUCGGGCGAAGGCCUCACUCACACCAAAAGACAUCCCUCGUGCCCCUCUUCCUCCACAGAACAAACGUAAAAAAGGGGGUCCUUCCCUCCCACAAACACCUCUGCCAGAAGAUGUGUCCUUGGCCCCACAGUUGACUCAAGGGGAAGCUUUAGCACGGCUCUCGCAGAUGGAAGCCCCCUCCCCAGCUGUUGACACAGCGACAGGAACGCUGUAUUGUUCAGAGUGCUACUUACCGUUACAUCCUGAUCCAAAGCCAGAAAGGUUGUACAUUUUUCUGCAUGCCCUUAGAUACACCACAAGCCUCGGGUGCUUUGAGACAGAUAUACCAGAGUGGGCAGCUGAAGGAUGGAAGUGGGACCAGGCUUAGAUGGCACUACGUUCUGCAAUACUAUUUUUACAUUUGUGUGCGCAUGUAUCAAUUACCGAGUACCUACUGCCCCAAGAAGCUCAGCGAAGUUUGUUGAAAGAUUGUCCAGAUUUUUUUGCCUUGUUCCUUCAGAAUUCUAUGUAUAUAGUUCACACCAUCACAUCACGGAGAACUUGUAUUCGCUUGUACAGAACUCUCAAGCAAGUCACGAAGCUGUCCAAACUAGCAUGCAUCAUAUGAUGAUCUCAGGCUGCCAUCACACGAACUUAC